AUGCGGGUGCCCUACGUUCCUGAAGAUGUACCGGUCCAAAACCAAACCGAAUCCGAGAUCCUGGCUCGAAUCGUCGAGCGUCGAGGGUCUCAUGGCUUGCUCCCUCUUGACCGAGCUCUUCUCCACUCUGUAUUUGUCGCCGACGGAUGGAACACUUUUCUCGGAUCCAUACGCACAAAGACAAGUCUACAUCCAAUCCUCAGCGAGCUUCUCAUCUGUCGAGUUGCCAUUCUGAAUAAAGCGUCCUUUGAAUGGGAUCACCAUGCUCCAAUACUUGUCGAUGCGGGGUUUCCGUCAGAUUCGCUCCAUGUGCUCAAGCUGGAUAGCUUUGAGAAUAGUGGCCCAGAGCUACAAGCCAAUCAGUUGUUAUCACCUUCGCAGGUAGCUGCACUGGCGUACGCCGACCAAAUGACACUUUCGGUCAAAGUCAGUGAUGAUGUUUUUGAGAGGCUCAAGCAGUACUACAACACGCGCGAAAUCGUGGAAAUAACAGCCACGGUCUCGGCAUAUAAUUGCGUGAGCAGGUUUCUUGUUGCUUUGGAUGUUGAUGAGAGAGCCGGAGAGGAAGAUGCAUCAAAGUAG